AUGGAGAAUGGAUCAGUGGUGACAUCAUUCACAUUGAUGGCAUACACUGAACUGGAAGACCAUAGAUACUUAUACUUCACAGGAUUCCUGCUUUUGUUCAUCCUUAUGGUAUUAACAAAUGUAGUUCUUAUUAUGGUCAUUUACAUGGAGAGAGGUCUACAUGAACCCAUGUACUUUUUUGUGUGUAAUUUAGCAGUGAAUGGAAUUUAUGGAAGCAUAUCUUUAUUUCCAUCAGUCCUUGGUUAUUUAAUGUCUCAUACUUAUGAAAUAUCUCUGGCUGCUUGUCUUUUACAGAUAUUUUGUAUACACACAUAUGCUUCAGUUGAAUUUAAUAUUUUAGCAGUCAUGGGCUAUGACCGGUUUGUUGCCAUUUGUCAGCCAUUACACUAUCACCAAUUAAUGUCUCAUAGAAAAGUGUGCACACUUAUUGCAUUGUCUUGGUUUUAUCCUUGUAUUCUUUUUGGACUCUAUUUCAUAUUAACUGUACAGCGUACAUUUUGUGACAGGAUCAUAGAAAAGGUGUAUUGUAUUAGUUUUGAAUUACUCAAACUGGCUUGCCUGGAAAUCUCUUUUCAGACCAAAGUUGGAUUUGUUGUAUCUAUUCUUUUAAUUGUUCCACAGCUGCUUAUGAUACUAUUUUCUUAUGCACAAAUACUGAGAAUCUGCCUGUUUGCCCCCAAGGAAUCUAAGGUCAAAGCUAUUCAAACAUGUACCCCUCACUUACUGUCUGUGAUUAACUAUGCAGUGGGAUGCUUUUUUGAAAUAAUUUCUAAUUAUUUAACAUUAACUAGUUUCAACAUGGGUCAUAUACCAUACAAAACUCGCAUAUUCCUGUUCCUUUACUUUCUGGUAAUUCCCCCUUUGUUUAAUCCUGUCAUUUAUGGAGUUAGCAUUCCAGCCAUCAGAGUUCAGAUUUUCAGACUCUUCCUUACUUGUAAAAAAUAA